CAGAUUAUACAUGUACUGUAUAAACCAUAGUCCUGCACACUGACCAGCUCAGGGAUAACAGAUAUCACAACACAACCACAGUCCUCUGCUUAAAUCAAGAUGGCUCAGGAUGGCAAGCUCCUGGCUCUGGGAGUUCUGGCUGGUGCUGCAGGAAUCAGUUUGGCUGCUUUUUGGUACCAGAGUCGGAGAGCCACGGUGAGGGUGGCAGGGCCAAGUACCUAUUAUCUGUCAAACAGCAGAAGCGCACAUCAACUUGGAGAUGGUGUGGUGCUGCAAGCAGGCCAGACUGAGGUCCUGGAUCGGCUCGGCGCGCUGAUUCAGUGUGUGUCAGAGCUAAAAGAGGAGGUGAAGGCCUUAAAGAAUGCUCUUCCACACCUGCAAGACCACAUCAGAGAUGAGUUAACUGGGCGCAGUCGCAAGGCAAGUCCACUGAAUAGAACUACACCCACAAGGAGGAAGAGAAGCAGUGGAGCGGCCAGAGGAGAACGGCAGAGCUCAGAAGAAGCAGAAAGUGAAGGAGGGUAUAUUACAGCACUGACAGACACAGAAGAGGAGGAUGAGAGUGAAGAAGAUCGCAAAGCCGUAGAGCCCCUGGAUGAGCUCACAGUUCUUUUACAGAAAGCAGAUGGGCUGCAUGCAUGUAGCGGAGCUGAAAAGAAAGAAGGCUUGUCGACUCUGCUGGAGAUGAAGGAAGAGUAUGAUCAGAAAUCUCAGUACCUGUGGAGAUUAACCAGAGCCUAUGCUGAUGCUCAUGACCUGGCUGGAGAUCCUCAAGAGAAGAAGAUAUAUGCUGAAAAAGGAAAGCAAAUUGGAGAACUAGCCAUUUCAGUGAACCCCACGUGUGCUGAAAGCCAUCAGUGGUAUGCUAUUCUGUGUGGACUUCUGUCAGAAUAUGAAUCUAUCCAGAAUAAAAUAAAGAAUGGCUAUCUCUUCAAAGAUCAUUUGGAUAUAGCCAUUGAACUGAAGCCACAGGAUCCGCUGUCUUAUUACCUGCUGGGCCGCUGGUGCUAUGCUGUGGCCCAGUGUACAUGGAUUGAAAGGAAAAUUGCUGCUACAUUGUUUGGAGAGCCUCCGAGCGCAACAGUCCAGGAUGCCUUGCAGAACUUCCUGAAGGCAGAGGAGAUGUGUCCCAAGUACUCUAAAUCCAAUUAUGUGUUUUUAGCAAAGUGCUAUAAAGACCUGGGCAAGAGAAACCAAGCCAAGAUGAUGUGUGAUUCUGCAUCUGAAAUGAAAACAGUAACUAAAGAAGACGAGGAUGCACAAAAGGAGCUGGACUCUCUUCUCAUGUCACUUUAGUCUGAAGCACAAACCACAGUCUUCACAUCUCCUCUAGUUUUACUUGUAGUGAUGGACUCAUGUUGUGAACAUAUGAGUGUAAUCUUGAAAGUCUAAUUUUUUUUCUGAUGAAUGUUGAUGACAUGACGUUAAAGACAAUUGAACUUUGACUAAUGAUAAUCUGCAACAUGACUUAUAUACCACAAACCAAAGGACAAUAAGUCAUGUUCCAAAUUAUAAUGAAUCAAAAUUUACUUGUAAAUACAUGACGACUGUUAAUUUUUAAAUAUUUCUAUCUUUAUGCUGACUGGAGAUGACUCUCAGUAUUACGACAACUGUAUUUUAAUGAAUGAUAAUCUUCCCUCGCAGUAUGUGACACAUGUCAGAUUUACACAAAAAUCAUAAAUGAUCAAAUUCCUUCUCUUAAUUUUAGUACCCAUAUAGUUGUGGAAAAAACAUAUAUUUCUUAGCUAUUCCACCAGAACAGUAAAUAGGGCAGUGUCCCACCCAGUCCCAGGCUUCUGUGACCAAGAAUACUGACUCAGCUCAAAAAGUGGAAAUUAAUAUACACCAAUCAGCCAGAACAUUAACAUUACAGUAUAACCACCUCAUUUUUGGGAUAACAUUGUGCCACCCGGGCAGCUCUGCAGAGCUUUGUCCAGCGCAUUCCAUGGAUCCUCGAUCAGA